CCCCCAUGCGUACAUCUGAACAGUAACGCCAUUCACUGACAACCAGAUACUUUACUCUGUUUUGUGUUCUCUUCUUCUGUAAAAUAUGAGGUAUUUGCUGAGUUUGGGGCACUCGUUUGCCCGACUUCAUGUCCGUUUAUGUCACCAAAGUGUUUACAGCAGCAAUGCAAAUACACGAAGACUGGUAGUGGACCUUGGGGAGAAGAAACUUGAGAUCUCUUCUGGGAGGUUUGCUAGAUUUGCUGAUGGAUCUGCUGUAGUCAAGCUGGGAGAAACCUCUGUCAUGGUGACGGCUGUGAGCAAAACCAAACCAUCUCCAUCUCAGUUCAUGCCUCUUGUGGUGGACUACAGACAGAAAGCAGCUGCUGCAGGUAGAAUCCCGACUAACCAUUUGAGGCGAGAGCUGGGCAUCACGGACAAUGAGAUCCUCACCAGCAGACUCAUAGACAGAGCGAUUCGACCGCUGUUCCCUGCUGGUUACUUUUAUGAUACUCAGGUUGUUUGCAACCUGCUGGCAGUUGAUGGAGUCAAUGAUCCAGAUGUGCUGGCUAUUAAUGCAGCGUCCGCUGCUCUGGCCUUGUCCGACAUCCCCUGGAAUGGACCCAUAGGUGCUGUGCGUGUUGGCAUGAUUGAUGGAGAGAUGCUGAUCAACCCCACACGGAAGGAGAUGAAUUCCAGCACUCUGAACCUGAUUGUGGCUGGAGCUCCCAGCAGUCAAGUGGUGAUGAUUGAGGCGUCUGCAGAGAACAUUCUGCAGCAGGACUUCUGCCAUGCGGUGAAGGUUGGAGUCAAACACACCAACCAGAUCGUACUGGCCAUCCAGCAGCUGGCGCGAGAACAGAAGGUCAUUAAGCGCACGCCGGUGAAGAUCUUCUCCGCCCCGGCUGCCAUGGUGGAGCGCGUUCGACAAUUAGCCUCCAAAAGGAUUUAUGCUGUUUUCACUGAUUACUCCCACGAUAAGAUUUCAAGAGAUGAAGCAAUCAACAAAGUUCGACUAGAAACUGAAAUGGAGCUUAAAGAAAAAUUCCCCGAGGCUGAUUUCUUCGAAGUUAUGGAAUCCUUCAACACGGUGUCCAAAGAAGUCUUCCGCAAUUUAAUACUACAUGAGUACAAGAGAUGUGAUGGGAGAGAGUUGACUGCUUUAAGGGACAUCUCUUGCGAAGUGGACCUCUUCAAACCGCUGCAUGGCUCAGCGCUGUUCCAGAGAGGACAAACACAGGUGCUGUGCAGCGUCACGUUUGAUUCCCUGGAAUCCAGUAUCAAAGCAGAUAUUAUCACCACAGCUUUGAGUGGCAUCAAAUCCAAAAACUUCAUGCUUCAUUAUGAGUUCCCUCCAUAUGCAACCAAUGAAGUUGGAAGGAUGGGAGGAACCAACAGGAGAGAGCUUGGACAUGGGGCUCUGGCUGAGAAAGCCUUGAGGCCGAUUAUUCCCAAAGACUUCCCUUUUACUAUACGGGUCACAGCUGAGGUGAUGGAGUCAAAUGGAUCCUCCUCAAUGGCUUCAGCUUGUGGAGGCAGCCUUGCUCUAAUGGAUGCAGGUGUGCCCAUCUCUUCUGCUGUGGCAGGUGUGGCAGUCGGCCUCAUCUCUACGGCCAACCCAGAGAAACCCACUGAGAUCCAAGACUACAGAUUACUGACGGAUAUUCUGGGAAUAGAGGAUUACCUUGGAGACAUGGACUUCAAGUUGGCGGGCACAAACAAAGGCAUCACUGCUUUACAGGCGGACGUGAAGAUCCCAGGUUUGCCUCUGAAGUUGGUCAUGGAGGCCAUCCAACAGGCCACAGUGGCAAAGAGGGAAAUCCUGGGUAUCAUGAACAAAAGCAUAGCAAAGCCAAGAGAGUCAAGGAAAGAGAACGGACCUGUUGUUGAAAAAGUCCGGGUGCCUGUUUCCAAACGAGCACACUUUGUUGGUCCAGGGGGCUACAACCUCCGCAGGCUACAAGCUCAAACAGGUGUGACAAUAAGUCAGGUGGAUGAGGAGACUUUCUCUGUGUUCGCUCCAACACCAGGAGCCAUGAAUGAAGCCCAAGACUUAAUCGGUGACAUCUGCAAAGAUGAUCAAGAACAGCAGCUGGAGUUUGGUGCUAUCUACACGGCCACCAUCAUUGAGAUAAGGGACAUUGGAGUGAUGGUGAAACUUUAUCCCAACAUGAGUGCUGUCCUGCUGCACAACUCACAACUGGACCAAAAACGGAUCAGACAUCCAAGUGCUUUGGGUUUAGAGGUGGGGCAGCAGAUACAGGUGAAAUACUUUGGACGGGACCCAACAGACGGCAGGAUGAGACUUUCACGGAAGGUGCUCCAGUCUCCGGCUGCAACUUUGGUCAAAACACUAAGUGAGAAACAGAGCAUCUCCAUGAAUCCGAACAACGACCAAACCACCGGCACCGAUGUGUGAAUCUCCAACUCUACGGGAUAACUUCUGACUUUGCCACCAAAGUGGAUUCAAAUGGAAUAGAUGAAACUAUUAAACAGUUUUGUGGUGAAAUCUACCAGACCAAGAGCGACAGAUCGAUUCACAAACUGAACCAAGUGCUGUAUAUAAAGAGGUUAACCCUGCUGUGGUGGGUAAGGGGUGAUAAACUGCACUGGAGUGAACUGGACCUCAACAAAUACACCGUCCUGCUCUCAUCGUGCUUCAGUCCAUAAGCACAAACGGACAUUUGGAUAUUAAUGAGACACAUUUUCAAGAGAUAUACAUGUUUUACAUUUUAAUUUUCAACUUCUAUAGUGUAUGGUUUUCAGAUUUGCACCCCCAGAACUGACGGCAUCGAGCAGGUAGAGGGGUUUCUUAUGUUUUUAUUUUCUGUUUUACCUGCUUUCCCCCAACAGACACACUGCUAUGUAAGGAUUUCUUAUUCACGUGUGAAAGUAGUGCCUCUUGUGGUAUGAGACUUCUAUAUGUGGUGUCAAAAGGGUCUCCUAGGCUGAUAUCGACAAAUAAAGCAAAGAAAGUGGGAGAAGGGGACAAAAAAAAACAUAUUCUCUUAAUGUUGUGUUGCAUUUCUAGUAAACAUGAGCAGUUUUUAAAUGACAAUUUCUGGUUGCUUUGUAGUGGCAAGUUCACAACCUUUUCUAGCAAAGAAAUACUGCAAAGAAAUAAAGAACUAGACUUUACUCUAUCCCAGCAUUCAGAUGCCAACAAAGAAACACACAAAGUGCUACAUAUUGUUCCCAAAGAGGAAAAAGGUCAGGGCGACCAAUCUACAUAAACCAGGUUUUAGAUUGUAAAACACUGGUUACAAGAUAUGAUGAUUUCUUUUUUUUCCAUUUAGGCUGCUCAAAAAUAUUUACUAAUAAACUGAGAUGGUAUGGAAAUAACUUCUGUGUCUGUUUGGCUUACCAGUGCAGGAAACCUAAAUAAAUUCAUAAAAAAUGAU